AGAAGACGACACCACGCGAUGGUAGUCAUGAAGAAGCCAAGCGCGUAUGACCCAUUCUUUGUCUGAGUUUCUGACAUAGUAAUGGAACGCGAUUUGUCCUUGCUCGCGGGUGCUCGCGAGAGAUCGCUCCACGUCGCUUGCCAAAGACAAUCAUUAAAUCCGGAGCGUCAAUCCGCAUUUUCUACUUCUGGAAUGGUGCCAAUUCGCAGAGAAGUUUGCUUCACCUUUUAUGGUGGCAAUUUUGAAUUGAGGAUUAUUUUGAGGGAUUUUCUUUUAUUGACUUGGAUUUUGGAGGCAGAUAAUAGAGAAAACAGUUUUCACUUCCUGGUUUUUAGAGGUUUUCUCCUUUUUGGAGUUAAAAAAAUAAUUCAGUGGAAAUAUAAGAAGUUCCAAGAGAAUAGGGGAUUAAUUUUCAUUUUGAGUUUAACAUCCUGCACGAUUUCUCCGUUCGUGGUUGGAACGGGAACGCGGGGUAGUGGAGUCAUCGUCCAGAAAGCUAGCUGUCCAAGUCGUUGCCUCGUCAAAGGUCAUUCUUCGAGUAUCGCCUUCGCGCUUUCGCCAUGUGAUCUUUCUCUGUUCAUUCGUUCGGAAGGAGAUCCGUAAAGGCUCAACAUCUCCAUUCAGUCUUCCAACAUUAAAAUCGACGGACUGUUCCCGAAGUUUAAAGAAUUGGAGAAUUGAAGAUGUUGGAGCUGAAGAUUUUUUUUUUUAAUUUUGUAUAUCGUAUUGUAUUGAUUAUGGGCCUAAGCCCUUAUCAUCUUUUACAUUUCUGUAUUUACUUUGUAUCAUUAUUUGCUUAGUUUAGGAUAGGUACAAAAUGGGUCGAAACCCAAAAACAAAAUUGGUCAGAAACCCAAAAUAGGUGGGUCCAAAAACCGGUCAAGGCGAACAGAACCCGAAUUUGUAUCUUUCUUUACUUGCUUUUGAUUACUUGUUUAAUUUAUUAGUAGUUAGUUCUAAAGGUUACGAAAA